AUGGAACGUGAGUUUGGUGUGAAAAUCAGUUAUAGCAAAGCACGUAGGGGGAAGCUCCAUGCCUUAAAUAUGCUACAUGCUUUUGGUGCAAGCAUUCGUGGAUACAUACAGUACUUGAGAUCCGUUAUUUGUGUUGAUGGCAGUCACUUGAAAGGUCCAUACAAAGGUACACUCCUAGUGGCAACUGCCCAAGAUGGUAACAAACAGAUUUAUCCGUUGGCAUGGGGGAUCGUGGAUGCUAAAACAAAUAAAUCGUGGAAGUGGUUUUUGUCGAACUUGAAAGAUCUUAUAGGGGAUUCCAAAGAACUCGUGUUCAUUUCAGACAGGAAAAAGAGUAUUCAGAAAGCUAUUUCUCAGUUGUUUCCGUCGUCUCGGCAUGGUUGUUGUAUAUGGCAUAUGGAAAAGAACCUAAUACAGCGGUAUAACAACGCAAGCCUAUUAUUUCUAUUCAAACGAGCUGCUACAACUUUUCAGGUCGAGGACUUCGAACGACUCAUGGGACAGAUUCGCAGAGUGAGUGAAAGAGCGCACGGGUACUUAGAGCGAGCGGGAUAUUCAUUUGGGUCCAGAGCACUAUUUAUUGAACACCGUUACAAUAUUAUGACAAACAACUAUGCAGAGUCGUUGAACUCGAUGUUUAGAAAAGCCCGAUCGUUAUCGAUAACCUGCUUGGUUGAACACAUUCGGAGUACUAUGCAGAAGUGGUUUUAUGAACGUCGAGCAAAUGCGGAAGAAUGCAGUACCUUAUUGACACCAAGGAUGGAGAACGAGCUACGGACGACUUUCGAAAAUGGAACUAGGCUUCGAGCCCAUGUCCUGACAAACAACUUGACGCAGGUUGGAAUAUCCAACGACACGGACAUAGUUGACUUGUCCGAAGAAACCUGCACAUCUCGUGAGUUCCAACUAAACCAUAUGCCAUGUGUUCAUGCAAGUCGUGCUGCUUGCUUUAGAGGGAAGACGUUGUACGAGCUUUGCUCCCGUUAUUAUUCAUCGGACUACUGGAAGGGUGCGUAUAGCGAAACUAUAUAUCCUGUUCCGAAGGAAGUGGAUUGGGUUGUUCCCGUGCCGAGCGCCAACUCGUCGUAG